AUGAGCUUCAACGGCGGCACCACGGACGCGGGCGGCAUGUAUGUGCGCGCCCUGUAUGACUACCAGGCAGACGAUCGCACAUCUCUGAGCUUCCGGACGGGCGACAUCAUACAGGUUAUUACCCAGCUCGAGAGCGGCUGGUGGGACGGAGUCAUUCACGGUGUCCGCGGCUGGUUCCCGAGCAACUACUGCGCCGUCGUGCAGCGCCCGAGCGAGGACAUCGAGAGCGACAGAGACGGCAUCGACGCCGACGACGACCAUGAGACGCGGUCGACAGGCGGCGGCGAGUUCGACACGUCGGACGGGGAGUCGCUGAGCGGUGGGAACGACACCAUCCUGCCCCUCGAGCGCAACAACGUAUCGCACAACAAAGACGAGGAGGCCGCUUUCUGGAUACCCCAGGCGACGCCAGACGGCAUGCUGUUCUACUUCAACACCCUGACCGGCGUCAGCACAAUGGAGCUGCCCCUCGAGUCGCCUUCUGCGAAUGAGAGCGGCCCGCGCAACCGCACCGACGUCUUCAUACCCGACAUGUCGCGACCGCCAGCUGAGCUGCUCGCAUCAGGCUCCGGGUACCACAUGGAGGACACAGACGACGAAACCUCAGCGUCCGACUUGGAAGGCCCGGGCAUGAAGGGCUCAUUCCGCUCGCGCCACAGGCAGCGCUUGUCCGAUGGCCUCUCAUCGGCAACCUCGAUGGAGUCAAUGAACGCGGGCUACCCUGGCAGGUCCUACGACCAAAGCGGCAUGAGCUUCGCAGCCUCUUCCACCAUGCCUCCCACCGGCACCACGGCCACCUCCUUUGCGAAUAGCCCAGCUCUAAGCGGGUCGAACGGCACCACGACACAGACACGCAAGUUCUACGACGACGUGAGCCCGGUUCCUCUCACCUGGAAUAGAAUGGUGGAGGACAUGCGCCGUGCCAUAGAGCGCUACAAGCAGGCUAUCAACAAUAGCGACAGGUCUGAGUUUGUGAAGCGCGCCGAGGACAUUUCGGACCACCUGCGGUUACUGCUCGCUGCUGGUUCAGGGACUACGGACAACCACUCCGGCAAUCCCUCUAUCAUAUCUACAAAUAAGGCCUUGUACCCUCACUUCCGCGAGACCAUGUCGCGAUUCUCCAAGUUGGUGCUGUCUUCGCAUAUCGCUGCCUCGGACUUUCCUCCCCCCGAUUCCUAUUCCAAGUGUCUGAAAGAAGCAGAGGGCGUCCUCAACGGAGUCUUUGGUUUUGUCGAAGUAGCACGCCAGCAGCGCGGAGAGGAGAUUCCCCGUCUCGUGCCUGGAUUUGUAGUCGGCAACAACACCGGGGGCAGUUGGCAAAACAACGGAACUGAUACCCAUGAUUCCAACACUUCCAUGUACUCUGACCAGGACGACUAUGAACCCUCUGUUGAACCAACUCUCAAGCUUGACUCGCGCGUACUGGAGAGAUUGCAGGAUGUUAAGCGAUUGAUUGUUUCCAGUCUCCGGCGAUUGGAUGAGCAACUGAUGGUCCGAGACCCCGUCAUAUCACACCGGAAACACCAAGCGAUAGGUGACCACAUAUGCAGUGCCGCGGGAAAGGUGUUAGAGGCGUGUCGGCCCUGGAUCUCCACCAUUGAACAGAUCGACCUCGCUUCUCUCGACGCAGAUGCUCAUGGACAACAACUCAGCGAAUUCAGUGUCCAGAAACAAAAGGCCUACGAUGUCGUAUCCGAACUUGUGAUUGCGUGUCAAGGAGUAGCCGCACCCUUGGGAGACGAGUGGGCGGAACUACGUGGUGAUUCACUUGAGGACCGCAUCAAUGCGGUGCGAGCAGUUGUCCGAGAUCUGGAAUCGACAUGCACCCAGCAAUACGGCCUGCUGCAACAACUUUCGGAUACAGUCCCCCUGUCCGACAUCGUGAGCCGUGCAGACCCAAGGAGAAACACCGAUAGCGAGCUGCCAAACCAUACCCGAGGACCAUCUGGACAAGAGAGACCUUUGCUUGGCAACAUUCCCAAGGCAGACACGUACAGUGCAGGGACACCUCUUGGUAUCGACGAGGGCAAGAUUGAGCCAGUACGAUCAGCGAACAGCAACAAGAAGCUCAAGGACUUCUUCGGUGAGGUCCCUGUCAUUCCACAGCAGGCGAUCGAAGAAACCCCAGAGUACUUGAAGCUCGACCAUGAGGGCGAAAUCUCUUACGAUCACAAAUCUGCACCGCCGCAGCUAAAGGGUGGUACUUUGGCUGGUCUUGUCGAGCAACUAACGCGUCACGAUCGUCUCGAUCCAGCUUUCAACAACACCUUCUUACUUACGUAUCGAUCAUUUACCACGGCUUCUGAGCUGUUCGAGAUGCUAGUCAAACGAUGGAGUAUACAACCACCUCAUGGACUGGCCAAGGAGGAUUAUCAACACUGGGUAGACAAGAAACAAAAACCAAUUCGGUUCCGAGUGGUGAACAUUCUCAAGAGUUGGUUCGACAACUACUGGAUGGAAGGUAAUGACGAGGAGGCACGCAUCCUGAUCCAACGGGUGUACAAUUUUGCGAAGGAUCAUGUUGCCACAACAAGCACCCCUGGAGCGGCACCAUUGAUGACAUCGGUGGAGCAAAGGUCUCGAGGACCAGAUAUGCCCACGAAGCGCCUAGUCCUCACUUUGAGUGCGCAAACGCCGCAGCCUAUUCUGCCCAAACACAUGAAGAAGCUCAAGUUCCUGGACAUUGACGCGACAGAAUUCGCCCGACAACUCACGAUCAUCGAAUCCAGACUAUACGGAAAGAUUCGCCCGACAGAGUGCUUGAACAAGACAUGGCAGAAGAAGCUUGCCCCCGGUGAACCUGAUCCGGCCGCAAAUGUCAAGGCGCUCAUCCUCCACUCCAACCAGUUGACGAAUUGGGUCGCACAGAUGAUUCUUACACAGCAAGACGUCAAGCGCAGAGUGAUUGUCAUUAAGCACUUUGUCAAUGUCGCGGAUAAAUGCAGGCAACUGAACAACUUUUCUACACUAACCUCGAUCAUCUCAGCGCUAGGAACAGCUCCUAUUCACCGCUUGAACAGGACCUGGAGCGCCGUCAACCAGCGCUCUAUGGCGACCCUGGAAAGCAUGCGCAAGCUCAUGGGUAGCACCAAGAACUUUGCGGAGUACCGAGAUACGCUCCAUCGAGCAAACCCACCCUGCAUUCCCUUUUUUGGUGUCUAUCUCACCGACUUGACCUUCAUUGAGGAUGGUAUUCCAUCGCUGAUCAAGCGCACAAACCUCAUCAACUUCGCAAAGCGCGCCAAAACCGCCGAAGUGAUCCGCGACAUCCAGCAAUACCAAAACGUGCCCUACCCGCUACAGCCGGUGCCCGAGCUGCAAGACUACAUCCUCACCAAUAUGCAGUCUGCAGGCGACGUGCACGAGAUGUACGAGAUGAGUUUGAGCGUCGAGCCAAGAGAACGCGAGGACGAAAAGAUUGCAAGGUACACUACCUAUUUCUCCUUUGAUCGUUCCAAAACUGGGCUAGAAGGAUAG